UUUAAAAACUUGAGGGUGCGGCGUAUUUCAUUGUCCUGCGAUUACUGCUCUGUCCACUUACGACUUACUGUUUACAACCGGUCCUUACUGGAUUUCAGCGACCCACUUUAUCAGGGUGGCUGCAUAGUACUCUUGGUGAAUGGCGAAAGGUCGUCUUUCUGGCUCUGACUCGUCGGACAGUGAUGACGAAGUGAAGUGGUUACAAUCGCGUCACAAACACAGAAAGACCUCGGUUCCAGGCGAUGAGACAACACGUGAUUCAAAGUCAGGUGGAAUUGAGGAGGGUGAAGUAUCUAGUGAUGACCUCGAUGAAGACGAAGAUGAUGGCCUGGAUGACAACUUAAUCGGUGGGGAAGAUGAUAAGCGUCGGUUGGCGAAAAUGAGUGAAAAAGAAAGAGAAGAAGAGCUAUUCAAGAGAGCUGAGAGAAGAGAUGCCAUACGAGCCCGCAAGGCUGUAAAACAAAAGCUAAAAGAAAGACGAGAAAGAGAAAAAGCUCAACAGGUAGCCUCUUUAUCCAAGCAGCUUACCGGGGAUUCAAAAUCUAAAAGAUCUGCUUAUCACAACGUAUUUUCAGACAGCGAUGAGGCAGAAAAUAGUGAUUCAAGUGGUCUUGGACCAAAAGGCCUUAGACAACGUAAGAUUGCCCUGGAGAAAAAGAAGGUGGCUCACAGGGAUAAAUUUCAGGAACUCAUCGAGCGUCGCAAACAACAGGCUGCUAAAAAGCGUCGAACUCAUACAUCAGACGAAGUGGAUAUAUCCGCCCAAAAUAGUUCUGGGAGUUCAUCAGAUAGUGAUGAUAAUAGUUCAAAGCCACGUGGCAAAAUUCAGGAGAAACAUCAGUCCAUGUCUCAGCGUGUUUUUUCCUCAGAAGCAUCAGACUCUUCUGAUUCAAGUCGACCUGGUUCGCGUCCUGUAGCUCGACGUUCAAGUUUUUCCAGUUUGUCAGGUUCACAGCGAUCUGGUUCUUCAAGUGAAGAUGACGCUAGAGGCAGAAGUCGUUCACCUGAAGAGGAACUAGUCUCCUCUGUUGAGCAUCUAUCUCGUAUUCGGUUGUCACGUUUUAAAAUGGAAAAGUGGGUUCACAUGCCGUUUUUCGAUAACUUGAUAAAGGGAUGUUUUGUACGUAUCAACAUAGGAUUACAUCAAGGUGUGCCGAUUUAUCGUUGUGCUGAAAUUGUGGAUGUCGUGGAAACUCCUAAAAUAUACGAUCUUGGUGACACUCGAACUAAUAAAGGAAUUGUAGUUCGUGUUGGAAAAGACCAAAGUACAUUUCGUUUGGCGUUCAUUUCAAACUCUGAUUUUCAGCAAGAUGAAUUCGACAGCUGGAUGCGGCGAAUACAUCUUGCGAACAUGAAACCUCCGACUUUGAAUUUUGUCCGAGAUAAAGCUGCUGAAAUUACUGAAGCAAUAAAUCGUCCUAUUCGAGAUGAACGCGUGGUUGAACAGAUCAUACAAUCCAAACGUCGUUUUCAGAAAGCUCCAACAAAUUUUGCCUUACGCAAAGCGGAAUUGAUCAAACAACGAGAACAAGCAGAAACAGAUGGAGAUACAGAAUUAUUGAAACAUUUAGAUAGUGAAAUAGAAGAAAUUGAAUCUCAAGCUGAACGAAUUGAGAGACGUCGAACUUUAGGUUUUAAAUCAAUUACAUCUAUAAAUCAACGUAAUCGUGCACUUAGUGUACAACAAGCUGAAGAAGCUAUUCGUAAAGAAAGUGAAGAAGCAUUGAAUUCCAAGGAAGAAGAUCCAUUUACACGUGUUCAUUCUCAACCGGUAAUUGUCACAAAGAAAUAUUUGGAAAACUUACGUCAUAAAAGACUUGGAGUAGUAGCUCAAUCAAAUACUUCCUGUGAUUUGAAUCAAAGUUUUCCUCCACCACCAACUCCUGAUUCAGAGCUAAGCAUGUCAUCUAAACAUUCUUUGUUGAAUACACCAAUGGGAAGUAAUAGUAUAAUAACUGAAGCACCUGACUCAGUAUGUUGGUCAUUGGGAGAUGAUAAUAGCAACUUAUCCACACCGCAUGAUUCUCUUCAUGCAAUACAUAAUUUUGAAAUAAAUAUUGAUUUGGAUUUGGAUGGGAAUAAUGAUCAGGCGAAUUCCAACGGACGCACAGGAUCAACUAAUACUGAUGUACGACAUUCAACUAGUCCUAGAUCACGUGGUACUACAAAUUCUACUCAUGAUUUUACCAAUGGCAGUCCCCAGACACCAAUGAACGGUCCAUUUGGAAAACCAAAUCGUCGAUUGUUAAAUUUACAAGAGUACAAGAAACGUCAUGGAUUAAUUUAAUUCCUAGUUGAUAUGCAAAUAUUGGUAUUUUCCUUAUUCAAACAUACUAUCAUUUAUUGCUAUUUUUUUCUAUAUGUGUAUGAUUAGUAGUCUUAUCACACCGGUCGUUUAACUUCGUAUUUGCAUGUGUAUGUAUGUGUUGUAUAUAGACGUCUGUAAGCCCUUCCUUUAUGUUUUACACCUUUUUUUGUGAAAUGUACAUAAGAGAAAAAAAUUAAUCGUAAUUAUCUCUUUAUCAGUUUGCCUCUUACAUGAAUGGAUUUUGUAAUAGCACUUGUAAUUCGUCAGGAUAUGUAUCAACUAGUUGCGCUAGUUUAGAACCGAACACACUAUUCUUUACCAAUAGGUUGGAACAUGCUACGAAAUGUUUUACGUAUCCAUCAACAGUCUUUCUGUUUUAAUCGGUAUGAUACUUUUUAACUAGUUCGGUGAUAUGAUGUCCGAAAUGUCAUAUUUUUGGAACAAUUUUGCUCAUAAAUGCUCAAAAUCGUUUGCAAUGGCGCAGGUGCAUCCACUCUCUGUGUUCUCCGAAAUUCUAAUCUUCUGAAUUCUUCAUGUCCCUUUUUUCCUCUUUCCAAAUCUAUUUCACUGGAUUAUACUCUUUAAAUAACAUCUCCAAACCCUAAUCUUCCCGAUUACUGCUUAUACUCUUAUUACCUCUACCACUACGGGAUUUGAAUCGACAACUGCAUCUCUGUGCUUAUGUGGUGUGGCAACUCGAACUGAUGUACGUAUGUACGAAGUUCUACGUUGUUACUGACUGACUGAUAAAUGUGAAAACUACAUUCCUGUAGAAUCAUAUGUGUUCUCAAAUCUCAGUCUCAAGUUUUAAGCUUACGGCGGCCUGUUCAGACGUCUUAAGCCCUCUAUUUCCUAACCGAGCGAAUAUUGUAAUAAUUUUUUUGUUUAAACCGAAUAAUAAUGAGUCCUAACUGUAUGUACUAACGUGGAUUUUGAAAGGCCUACAAUUUAUCACAAUACUAAAUACGGGAAAUCUGUUACUGAGACGUUACACUUCCUCGUUUACUCUUUGAAAAAGUGUAUUUGAAUUCAUGCGAUUAUUAUCUGAUAUAUGAAUAAAAUAUAAGCUAGCUGUAAAAUUUCAUCAUUGAAGAUGAGUGGCAGAUAUGACUAUUGGAAAAACAUUUACUAAAUAUAAUUUUUAAAUAACUACAACUUGAAUGUACGUUAAGAAGCGGUUGCCCCCAAAUGCCGUAAUUCGGUAGAGAGUGGGGAGAGUUCGCUCUCCCUCUCGAAAUGCUCUCACAUGGCCACGCGUAUAUAGCCUCUGCCAGGGAAGUCCUACUCACUGCCUUCUCGUGGCGGGGGUGUUAUAAAAUUGAGAGGACGAAAAGCGAAUGUCCGGCGCUUUAACUGGGUUGGUGGAUAUGGAGGAUCGACCUAGAGUAGUUGGAAAACCCCGAUUCCAAACCAAUGUUGUACAUAGGCUCCAGGAUCCUGAGUGGGCAAAUGGCAUAUGAACCAAUUGUUUUCACCACCUACCAUGGAACUGCAUAUCCUUACGGUCUCCACUGCCUUGUGGCUCAGACCGUUUGGUCAAAGGCUCCUGGUGUGGCCCCCUAAGAAAAUCACCUGCUUUGGUCUGGGCACCCGGGCAGUAUCACAGCCCUCACAAAUCUAAUGAGAUGACAAUUAUUUCACGAAAUACUACGCUCGCUUCAAUUAGAAUUCAGACAUUUCAUAUUCACACCAUUCCUCUCCAACUUCGCCAUCGAUAACUUUCCGAAAACAGUUUUGAUGGAUGUAAGUAAUGAUGGUGUGGGUCUGUUGCCUACAGAAAGACUUCUCGACCUUGAGUAUGCGGAUAAUAUUUUCUUUCUGUGCUAUAAUACCCAAGCCAUGCAAUCAGCACUUAAUUAGUUGGCAAUUAGUGUCUGUGGGUAUGGUAUGUGCUUCGCACCUUCGCAGACUUUUACAAGGCUGGCAGGACCGUGAUCAUGUACUCACCCUGGAUGGUGAGCAGAUCGAAGUAGUCGAGAAGUUCGUGUAUUUGAGUAGCUGCAUAAGUUCUGGUGGUGGCGUGAGUGAUGAGAUCAAUGCACGUAUAGUGAAAGCCAAAGCGACUUAUGCCAAUCUGGGCCACUUUUGGCGCCUUCGUGUUGUCAGUUUGGUUGUAAACGGUCGGAUCUACAAUGCGUCCGUGAGAGCAGUUCUGCUCUAUACUUGUGAAACCUAGCCUCUCCGAGUUGAGGAUGUUAGACGAUUCUCUAUGCUUGAUCAUGGUUGUUUCCGAAGGAUUGCUGACGUCCAGUGGCAACACCAUGUUAGUAAUGCAGAAGUUCAGCAUCGUGUGUUUGGACACGGAGACGAUAAUUCAAUUGGUGUCACUAUCUUGAAACAUUGACUUCGGUGGCUUGGACAUGUUCUCCGAAUGUCGUCCCAGAGAAUUCCACAUCGUGCAUUAUUUGCUGACUCUGGGACUGGUUGGAAGAAGCGGAGAGGUGGUCACUGUAUGACAUGGUGUCGUGGUAUGAAAGAAAUCUGCAAAGGGUUGGCUUCUGCUGGUCCUUCAUGACUCCAUAGCUGGGGUCCGAGAGAUGGUGCGACACAGUGGCUAGAGACGUUAUCAGAUAUGGCUCAGAAUAGAAGCCAGUGGCGAUCCUGCUGUAACCUUCUUUUACUUUCUUCAUAAAUUGUGACCGUAACUUCUUUAACUGGAAGAAUUUUUUCUGGUUUUACCUUUACGUUUCCCCCGUUAUUAUUAUUAUUUCACUAUCAUACACUAAUUUGUGGUCUUUAUUAUCCUUUUUUCUUUUUAUACACACUUUAAAUUCUUUAUAUCUUCACAUUCUCAUUAUUAUUGUGUGGCGUAUAUGUAUCUGGUGCCCCCUUGUACCAAUAUUUAUGUGUUUGAAUAAAUAAAUAAAAAGAGGUUCAUUGUAAUAUGGCACAAAGGAUGUUGAGAAUUUCUUGCUGUAACAAAAUUUAUAGUAAUGAUUAAAGCUUAUAAUAAUAA